GCCCUGCCCCCCACAGGCCCCGCCCCCGCAGGCAGCGGCGCGCCCGGCGCAGCCAUGGCGGCGGCGAUGGGCUGGCAGGCGCCGUGGCGGGCGCUGGGCGCGCUGGGCCGGGAGCUGGCGGCCGAGUGGGCGGCGCAGGACGUGCGGGCCGCGCUGUGCCAGCUGCUGCUGCUCUGGCUGGGCCUCAGCCUGCUGGGCGUCCGCCUGGCCUGGCGCGCCUACGGCGGGGCGGUGGCCGCGCUCUGCUACCGGACGGGGCCCUCCGCCCGCCGGCCCCCGGGCACCGGGCUGGGCCCCGGCCCCGCCUCCGGCCCCGGGCCCGCCCGGCCCCGCGCACACUCCCUCUCCCCCGCCGGCCCGGCCGGACGCAACGGCGCCGCCGAGCGGCACUGCCCGCCCCGGGAGGGCCCAGCCACAGAGCCAGCGAAGACGCACCGGGAGUGAGGAGCACCAGGACCGCCGCGUACUGCCCAUGCCAUUAAAGUGCUGUGCCACCCCUUG